GAGUUUGAUGUACCUAGGACCGAUCAAGACCUUCGUGAAAUGCUUCGGCUGUUCGUGUCAAAAAGCAGCUUCAAAGAUUACUGUACUCAUUGAGACUCCCUCGAAGCCCUUCAACGAAGUGAUGAUCUGAACCCUAACAUUAACGUGUAUCCCGUUUUGUGGAUGUGUCGACACAAAGAAUGAGGAAUAUAAAGAAGCGUUGCGUAAAUUUGGAGACUCGAGUUGCAACAACUCCUAUCGACGUAUCCCAUGAGGCCACCAAAAGUAUCUACUCGUAUACUUAUCUCGUCUCUGCAACUUACCCGUUCAAGGAUCAAGUCAAGUUACAAGAGAAGCUGAUUGAGGGAAAAAAUGGGUGUGGGAAUCUUGACUAUGGUAUUGAAUCAUGUACGACCGGGAGAAUUAUCGGUCUAAUUGAGGUCAAAAAAGAUGACUUUAAGCAGGGUUUCGCAGAAGCUAUCGUACAAUUGGAUUCAUCACUAGGUCGUAAGCGCAAAGCAAAUGAAAUGGAUGAUGGACAUGGGUUUGACAAAGUAUGGGGGAUCGUAACAGAUGCGGAGAAAUGGUACUUUCAUGGAAUGUACGCAAGACGCUGA